AUGAUAUUCGGCCUUGCCAUCACUGCCCUUGCUUUCGUAGUGAUUUUGAUAUCGUGGAUUUACAAAAGAUUUUUCGAGGUAAGUUUUUUUUUUUCCUCAAAAUCGGUUUUUCCGAAGAGCAAAGCCGACGGUGUCCGAUUCUUCACACUCGCUUGAUUGUAAAUGAACUCUUGACCUACGCAAAAUACAGGCUAUUUUUCAGCGUAAGUUUUAAUGUGUUAUGCGUGAAUCAUGUUUACCAGUAUCUUAUAUGUCUUUCUAUUGAAAUUUGUGGUCACUAACAUUCUCAAAACGUAUUGCUUUUCCUCCAGUAAUCCGUUGUCAAUGCACGUUGAAAAAAAAAACUGAACAACUUACGUUUUGGAAUGUAGAGACAAAGGACAGCAACUUCUUGACAUCAGCCUGUCGUUGUUUCAUAGAGGACAUAGGGAGGCUUCCUAGGACAUCGGAAACAGCGAAAAGAGUUCAGUCGUCAACCUUCUGUUUUAGUCUGUUUCAUUUUCUUUAAUUCGGACCCUCUUCAAGUUUAAUUUUUGCAGAAGGAAAAACUAAACCGUGAAAGAAAUAAUCACUGACUUUAAUCUGUGAUCGCUUAUAUUAUAGAUUUACUUCUGGCAAAAUGAUUCUGGGGAAAUUAUCGCAGGAACUGAUUUCAGGACCUUUUCACCAACACUUAUAGCAUUCAAAGAUGAAAGCUUGAAGAAAUUUGGAAUGUACUUGCUCCGAUUUUUGCCCGGGCCUCCAAACCUGUAAGUAUUAUUAAAAAGUUCACAUUAUGUAAAGAUCAUAUGUGUAAUAUUUUCGACUUGGAUGUUUUUUUUUUUGUUUUUGUUUUUUAAUUUCGACUUUUCAUCAAAUUUCCUAAAUUCAAUACUUGCACAUUGAGAUUUUUGUUUCGGCAGUGUCACGAAGCGUGACACUUUUUGUCUUUUCAGUAGUUUGGGGGGAAAAAUUGUCCCUGGCCUUCACUCAUUUACAUGUCAUCUAAGUAGACUCCACUAUUGGCAGAUUUUGUUUGACGAGUGGUUUGGCCAACAUAUUUAGCUGUACUUGCUAGUUUACUUCAUUGGCAACAUCGUUGCGUGAUUGUAUUAAAGCGUGUCCGGUAUUUUCAGUUGUUUUGCCUCAAGUUCUAUUCAUGUACCUAUAUUCUGUUAUUUAUUUAUUUAUUUCUAGCAUUACUGCUUCGUUAGAUCCAAAUAUGUGUUAAUUUUUCUCUUGACCACAGCAUCAUAACAGAUCCACAAAUCGCUGUGAAAUUUAUGGCAAAACAGCAUAAGUAUAAGCGUUUAAAAGACUUCAGAUUGGGAAGUGUGUUUCGCCAGCUGUUUGGUCACGCAGCCGGGACGGCAAGUGGUGAUGCCCAUAAGCGGAUACGGAGUGCAUUUGAUCCGUGUUACAGCACAGAGAGUGUGGCACAGGCAGUGGAUAUGAUGGAACAGGAAUGUAGACAGUAUUUAAAUCAGAUGGUUCAAGAUAAACAGGUAUUAAUUUAAUGUUUCUGGUGCUUCAUAACCCGCCGGGGGAUUACUGCGUUUAAUAUAUGCUGAUGGGGUGUGCCAUUGGAUGGGGUUGUAUUUACACCAAUGGAUUGACUACAAUGAGGUUGCUUUUAGAGUUUCUAGAAGGUGGUAGCACAUUUUCGGGAUUUUGGUGGAUGAGAACAUCUCCUGGUAAAUAGGGGUUUAGAAAUGGAAAGAUUCGCGCUUUAAUAGUUGUUACCGCGACAAAAGAAAGUGACUUACUUGGGGUUCGAUUAUUCUAAAAAAUUCCUUGAAAACUGCGUUUUCCUAAAAGUGACUAAGAUGGAGUUUACAAUUAGCCAGCGACACAUAUCGAUCAUGAAUUGACCCAAGUAUCCCCACCAUUUAAAGAAAAGCAACUUACUUUGCUGUAUUGCCAGCCUUGUAUUUAGUUUUGUUUACUGAAUUCCCACUUCAAGUUUUGUCUGGUAUUAGCAUCUCUACAUUUGAGAUCCGGCAAGAAAGAACCAGUCGGUUUUAUUUACGCUCUGAGUGGACCUCUGCAUUCAAGGGUAUUUAUUUUAACGUACUUUCGUCACCGGAUUUCGGUUCGAUGAAACCAACGUUUCCCAAAUGCCAUUACUCAAAAGUCACCCAAUUUCCAGGGUUUGUUCCCGAAUCUCACGCCUUUUUGCUCUAAAAAAUCGAAUCCUGACCUUCUAAAGGUUUCAAUAAUCUGGUUCCUUAUUGAAUACCAUUUGGGGGUUGGGGGCAAUGGACGGUCACGGAAAAAGCAGCAAACGGAGCUUCCGGCUUGUGUUAUUGUUGUUUAAAGCUCUAUUUAACAAAUAAAGCUCAAGGGGAACCACGAGCCGCAGGCGAGUGGUUUCUAUGGUUUAUAAGAGUGUAGACCGUGGAAAAUUUUGGUAGGUUUGUUUUUUACAAUAACAUUUUUUUUUUCGAAAAACCAAAAACAAAACAACCGGCCCUGCGUGAAAUGUUACGUCAUUUCCAGGUUCUAUACUCUCAUAAACCAUAGCUCUCGACCAAUCAACGCGCGAGGAUUCGUUCAGUUAUUGUAAAAAGAGUGUUUGUACUCAUCUCUGCAUGAUAUGCGUUGCGGGAUUAGAGAGCAUUAGAGAGAUAAAGCAUCACCCAACCUUAAAGGGCAUACGCAAGAGGCGGAGAUGGGAAAGAUGACCACAUGACCAUCUUUCCCGCCUUGUUUGCCUUCGCCAUUUGCAGUCAUGUUACAACGUAACAGUAAGCGUUUUUUCACGAAUAAAAUACGGAAGCAAAGACUCUCUUUAUUAUGUCGACAGUGUAGGGAAAACUUAGGAAAUAACGCACUGCCUCAUACCCUUUUUUCAGAUCAAAAAUCCAAUGGGAUAACCACCAGAUCAACACAUGCUCCCUAGCACCUGUCAAUUGUAAUAUGAAUAAGUCAGCAACUGGUCAGUCUCCUUUUUUUUGCCAUCAUGCAACACUCCUCCCCUAAAAAAGAAGACUACCAUCCCGGUGGGGGCGGGGGCACUCUACAACGUUUUAUACAGGGAGGCUGCGCCCGAGGUUCCACCGGUCUUACCCGUUCAUAUACCAUUUUUGGCACGACUACCACAAAUUCAGCUUGUGAUAUCCGUGGCUUGUUUCGCCAUUUCAGGGUUUCAUAAGAAUGGCUGAUCUGAUUCAACUGACGUUUAAAAUACUAAUGAAGUUCACAUACGGAAGAGACAUGACUGCAGACGAGCUUCAGGAGUUACUCGAUCUCAGAGCUUUGGUGGAAUCACUUAUCGGAGAUACUUUCUCAAACCCUUUUGUCAAGUUUCCGCUUUAUAAAUACAUGCCUACAAGCACUAACAGCAAACUGGCGCAAUUUGAAAAGCGGUGGCUGCAAUUCAAUAAGCGGUAAGAAGGGUUCAUUUUACGUUAGUUAACGCAAACAAGAUAGUUAUGUCAGAAGCAAAGGAAGAGUGAGAAGUCUGCUUCUCCGUUUCCAUUUUGAUUUUGUAGUUCGUUUUUAUACCCUUUUUAUAGCACGGCCUUGACCAUUUCAACCAAUAGGAAGUGUUUUCGUUGUGAAAAUUUUAAUUUCUCUUUUCUACUUUCGUUUCUUGACUUAGCUUUGAGGAGCGUUUUGCCGAAGGAAAACUUCGAGACACAAGCUGUGUAUUUUAUAAGCUCCAGCAAACUCUUGGAAAAAAUCCGGGGGCACUGUCAGAAGAUGAGGUAAUGUUGGGGGUUUAGACGAAAAGUUUUGUGUUGGCUGGUUGACCAAACUUAUCUGUAUAUUAAUAUUAUUUUGUAAUUUCACGUUCGGGUAACGAAAUGCAAGUGGAAUCUGGGAUAACUUUGUAUGAUGUAAUAUCUUUUUCAGUUAGUUCCUAUUCGUUAGUAGUUCUCAAGAACUUUUUAAAAUAUGAAAUACGUGUAUGUGAUGGUUUGGUAUUUCUUUAAAACCCUCAUACAUAUUUAACCAAAGCAGACCCUAUGAGUACAUACAGUUGAUCCGUUUUGUGAAAAAUUGUUCCACUGCGCUACCUACAGAAUAAGUGCGUGUUUUUAGCAUUCCAUAACCAGGCUAGCAAUGGGCUAACUUUUCACGAUUUGUUCUUCCCUUGAGAGAGUCCCUUGAUUCUAGGGUAUAGUAUGAGAAUAGGUCACUGAGAAUACUAAGUUUUAAUUUUAGUUGAGUUUUUACCAAAAAAUGUGAAACUCAACCUGACAACGCCCUUUUAAAAGCGAACUUUUUUGAAGUAGUUUGGCCUUUUAGGACUUAACUAGUUACCUAAUAGACAUGUUUCUUUUGAACUUUCUGAGUUGUAGACGUUUCACAUCCAGCGAUUCAACACAAUUCCUUUAGGGCGUUAGUUACAUGUAAAAAGCAGCACUUCUUGCCGUGAUUCAAAUUUUACUAAAAGACUGUUUUUUGUGUCUAGUUUCAAGAAACCCUGGAGGAAGCUUCCCUUGCUAAUGUAGAUAUCACAUGCGGAGCUGUGGCCUGGCUUCUAUUCCAUGUAGCACUCCAUAAAGAUGUACAGAAAAAUCUUACAGCUGAAGUCAAGAAUUCCAUUUCAAGCGGAGUA